AUGAAAAAAAACAAAGAAAAAGGAGGAAAAGGAGUGCCGGACCUUGGCCUGUUUUUAAAAAGCAGAUAUGCUUCACUGGCGAUCAGGGCUGCCAUGGCCCCAUCCAGAAACCCCAAAACAGCUGCCCUUACAAGAUUCUGGAUGGGGUCAUAUCUGCAACGGCUAAAAAUCUUACCUGUGGACCUGAGAAUUCCAGUGUCCUUUAACCUUCCCCCUGCAUAUCUUUUAAUUCAGAAAUUUUUAAAACAUUUUAAACUUGAAGAAGAACAGUUGGACAUUUUAACUAACCACCGUUCUCUCAUUUCUGUUGUGCAGGAGCGGGAGCCAGUGAGUCCAGUGCGCGGGCUUGCACUCGGUGAGCCCUCCACAGUUUGGCGCAAUGUGAACCAUCCUGCUCUUCCAAACAGACUCCGGGACCUGUCAUGGAUGGUGGCUCAUGAGAUCCUCCCAGUCAGGUCUGUUAUGCACUCCCGGGGCAUGUCAACGUCCUCACUUUGCCCCCGACCAGGUUGUGGCGCGCCUGAGUCGGUGAGGCAUCUGCUCUGGGAGUGCAGCGCUGCUGUAGAACAGUGGGCACUGGCCGGCACCUUGCAAUUCCCGUGCUUACCAGCAAGGGAGGUCCUCACAGCACAGCUAGUGCUUUAUGGAGUGAGCCAUGAACAGCAGCCGCCAAAGGACUUUUCCCAACAAUGGCUCACUCUAGCCGCCAUCAAGGACGCCAUAUGGACCUCCAGGAACUUGCUGGUAAGGAAGCACAAGCAGAUCCCCCCCGUGGCUGUUCUCCGGAUGGCAGCAGCAACGGUCACAAUGGCCGGGGCUGCAGGCGGCAGGCCUAGGAAACAGCCACAAAGAAGAAUCGCCUCUGUGCCCAUUCGGACGAAGGAGCCGGAGCUACACGGGAAAAGUUCAAAGCAGCAGCAGCCUGGCUCUCCGGGAGUGGCAGGCGGGAAGGAGCAGCAGGGUGGGGGUCUCCUCUGA